AGUGCACCAGUGACUGACUGAGCACAGUGGUGGACCCCACCCCCUCCUUCCGUUUCAUUCCUCCCCUUAACUGCACCCCUCCCUUCUCCUCCGGAGUCGCCGUCGCCGUCGUCUGCUCUCCCCCGUCCCUCUCUCUCUCUCCCAAGACCCGGCGGGAAGUCCUCCCUCCCGUGCCCGGCGUCUCCAGGGUCCGGUGACGAGGGAGCGGCCACCGGAGCGUCCCAGGCCAGCUGCUCGCGCGCAUUCCACCGGGGCUCCGCCCGCCCGCCCGGCGAGCGCCGUCGAGAGGUUUGGUUGCUUGUCUGCUGUAAACAAAUGAAGGUGCUGCUGAUUUAGUUCUCUCGUUCGGCGACUCAUCAGAUGGAUCAUCUCAGUCUUAGUGGCCUUUUCCGUCUUCUGCUCUCGCUACAUCUGUUAUUAUCAUUAUUCAACCCUCUGGCAGUAGCAGAUUUGGCCUCUGAGAGCCAGGCCCUUCUUGACUUCGCCUCUGCAGUCUACCGCGGCAACAAGCUUAACUGGGGUCAAGGUACACCACCGUGUUCAUGGCAUGGUGUUAAAUGCUCAGGAAACCAGUCACACAUAUCUGAGUUGAGGGUGCCAGGUGCUGGCCUCAUCGGAGCAAUCCCUCCAAAGACUCUUGGCAAGCUCGAUUCUCUCCAAGUUCUGAGCCUGCGAUCCAACCUUCUAUCUGGAAGCCUUCCAUCUGAUGUGGCCUCACUUCCUUCUUUACGUUCCAUAUACCUUCAGCACAAUAAACUUUCAGGAGGUUUGCCUUCCUUUUUCAGUCCUAACCUUAGUGUAGUGGAGCUUUCCUAUAAUUCCUUCACCGGAGAAAUUCCUACAAGCUUACAAAACCUUACCCAGUUAUAUCUCCUAAAUUUACAAGAAAAUUCUCUCUCCGGAACCAUUCCUGACCUGAAGCUUCCAAGCCUGAGACUGUUAAAUCUGAGUAAUAAUGAGUUGAAAGGCUCAAUUCCUCGCUCGCUCCAAAUGUUCCCAGAUAGUUCAUUCUUGGGGAACCCUGAACUAUGCGGGCUGCCAUUAGAUAAUUGCUCAUUUCCAACACCAACACCCUCCACAGAAUUGCCUUCAACACCAUCUUCUCCAUCGCCUGCGCAUCACGACAGGAAACUGAGCAUCGGGUUCAUAAUCGCAGUUGCUGUCGGGGGAUUUGCGGUACUGAUGCUUGUUGCGGUUGUGUUGGCUGUGUGCCUUUCAAAGAGGAAGGGCAAGAAAGAGGCCGGUGUCGACUACAAGGGGACUGGUGUCAGGAGUGAGAAGCCGAAGCAGGAAUUCAGUAGUGGUGUCCAAACUUCAGAGAAGAACAAGUUGGUUUUCUUGGACGGUUGCACCUACAACUUUGACUUGGAGGAUCUACUAAGAGCUUCUGCAGAAGUCCUUGGCAAGGGGAGCUAUGGGACUGCCUACAAGGCUAUACUCGAGGAUGGCACUGUUGUGGUUGUCAAGAGACUGAAAGAUGUAGUGGCAGGGAAAAGGGAGUUUGAGCAGCAGAUGGAGCUCGUUGGGAGGUUGGGUAAACAUGCAAACCUAGUCCAGCUUCGUGCUUACUACUAUUCCAAGGAUGAGAAGCUUGUCGUCUAUGAUUACAUUGCCACCGGCAGCUUUUCUGGCAUGUUGCACGGCAUCAGAGGUGUUGCUGAGAAGACGCCAUUAGACUGGAACGCCAGGGUGAAGAUCAUACUCGGAACAGCAUAUGGCAUUGCACACAUCCAUUCAGAAGGUGGCGCAAAGCUCACCCACGGCAACAUCAAGUCAACCAAUGUCCUCGUCGACCAGGAUCACAAUCCGUACGUCUCAGACUAUGGUUUGAGUUCUCUGAUGAGUCCUCCCGUCAGCGCAUCUCGCGUCGUCGUCGGCUACCGUGCCCCGGAGACCAUCGAGAACCGGAAGAGCACGCAGAAGUCGGACGUGUACUGCUUCGGUGUCCUCCUCAUGGAGAUGCUGACGGGGAAGGCGCCGCUCCAGUCGCAGGGGAACGACGACGUGGUGGACCUCCCGAGGUGGGUGCACUCGGUGGUCCGGGAGGAGUGGACGGCGGAGGUGUUCGACAUCGAGCUGAUGAAGCACCAGAACAUCGAGGAGGAGCUGGUCCAGAUGCUCCAGGUGGCGAUGGCAUGCACGUCAGGCCCACCGGAGCGGCGCCCGGCGAUGGAGGAGGUGAUCCGGAUGAUCGAGGGGCUCCGGCACUCCGCCUCGGAGAGCCGCGCCUCCUCCGACGAGAAGUUCAAGGAGUCCAUCCCCCCGUCGGUAUAGGAUGGGAUUCCCCUCGCCGGCUUUCCUGUCAGCGGAUCAUUAGGUUUAUAUUUAGCUGAUUUGUGAUUUGAGUUCAUGCGCCAUGCCAGCGCGGCUGGCAUCAUCAGGUGCGACCUCACUGGAUCGAACAAUUUGCAUUGAGACUGUAAUCUUGGCAAGUGUAGAGCUUUUCAUUGGGAGAUUGAUUGAAUUGCUGUAUUUGUUUCA